AUGCUAUUAACGCCACCUCCAUCGCCUCAACUGACAUCUUGUCUCACUCCCGAGGAUCGAUUGGGUUGUGUCCUGGCUGGCCGUUUGGAACUUGUCUCUAUCCUCGGAGUCGGAGCUUUUGGUGUCGUAUACCGGGCCGUCGAUGUCUUGACCAACACCCUCUACGCGGUAAAGGCGCUCCCCAAGGCCGGACUUGAUGCGCGGCAAAGGCGGAUCCAGCGACGAGAGAUCGCGCUGCACCACCAAGCUGCUCAACACCCAAAUGUGGUCUCAUUGCAUCGAAUCCUCGAUAGCCCGGACUGCACCUUUGUCGUGAUCGAAUUUUGUCCAGAAGGCGACCUCUUCACGAACAUCACUGAACAAGGCCGCUUCAUUGGAGAUGAUCGACUUGCCAAGCAUGUUUUCCUCCAAAUCUUGGAUGCGGUCCGUUUCUGCCAUUCUUUGGGCAUCUAUCACCGGGAUCUGAAGCCGGAGAACGUUCUGGUCAAGGAUAACGCCCAUACCGUCAAGCUCGCCGAUUUCGGACUGGCCACUACCGAUCGCAUCUCCUGCGACUAUGGAUGUGGAUCUACCUUCUACAUGUCUCCAGAAUGCGGGCAGAGUCGCCCCUAUGCGCGUUACGCCACCGCGCCCAAUGAUGUCUGGAGCCUCGGUGUCAUUCUCGUCAACCUCACAUGUGGCCGCAAUCCGUGGAAAAGGGCAUCACCCGAGGACUCGACUUUCCGGGCGUUCUUGAAGGAUUCGAGCUUUUUGAGCUCCAUUCUUCCCAUUUCCCAGGAACUCAGCACUAUCUUGCAGCGCAUUUUCGAAUGCGAUCCGCGUCAUCGCAUCACAUUGGACGAGCUCCGGGAUCUCAUCAUCGCCUGCCCACGGUUCACCACCACCAGUUACCACACUAUGCCACCGACACCACAAUCUUCUUUUGAAUACGUUGAGACCAUGGACUGCGCGAACAUGGCCCUACCACCUUCGCCACCACAGUCCCCCCCACCAAGACCUGGAUACUACGGUCAAUCAUCCCACUGGUCCCUGUUCGAGCCUACAUCGAAACAAACUUCGUCGUACUCGGACACUUCUGCCGAUUCUGGAUAUGAAUCUGAGACUUAUGCUCCGGAACCUGGCCCUAAUCCUUUCAACUUUUAUGGAAAUGUCAUCCCUCUUCAGGACCAUUCAAAAGUUUCCUUCUACCAACAGCCGACCUUUGCGCCUACUGUUGCAGCAUAUUAA